AAUGUUGAAUAUUCUAUGUAUUCUGUUUCUAGUAACAACAAAACGAAUUACAGCUUCUUUGUACAAUUACGAGUUUCAUGGAGCUGAUUGGUCUGAAAUAUGUUCAACCGGGAUUAAACAAUCUCCCAUUAAUAUUGACACCAGUCGAACUAUUGAUAAAGAUAACAAACCAUUUUAUCUUAGAGGAUUUAAUGAUUUUAUUAAUGGUGGAAUAGCUGCAAAUAACGGCCAUACAGUUCAAAUCUCAGCCCACGAUAUAAAUAAUAUAAGAAUUGAUGGUGAUGGUUUAAAAUCAACCUACUACAUAUCUCAAUUCCAUUUCCAUUGGUCUAAUAAAGAUGGCGAAGGUUCCGAGCUUCUAGUUAAUAAUGUCGCAUCAGAAUUAGAAAUGCAUGUUGUAGCAAAUAGAGGGGAUAAUAGGACAAUAAAUGAAGAUUCUUUAGCUGUGUUUUCUUUCAGAUUUAAGGUGGCUAAAUACAAGAACGUUUCCUCGUUCAAUAAAUUCGAGAAGAUGCUGUUGAAAAUUUUACCUAAAGUUACCGGCAUUGGUGAUAAAGUGCCAACAGAGCCAUUUAAAUUAAAUUGA